AUGUUGGAGUUUCAUCCAGUUUGCAACUUCAAAGGAUUCCCAAAGACUGCUUGGACAUAUCUGAAGGCCUUUCCAUUAGUGGAUUCAAUUCUUGUGAGCGAUGUGAAGAUAAGGGAGAGGCAGAUUGUGGGUUUGUACGCUUCAAGCAGUUUGAUGCUCCACUACGCACAAAUGAAAAUUGGGAAAAGUACACAUCACUUGACCCUGGGGGUAUUUGGCUUCCCACUUGAUGCAAUGCACAUCAUUGGUGGGGGAGCUGCAUCAACAGGAUUUGAAUUUCUGUUCCGCAAGCAUAAGUCAUUUGAAAGAAGUGUUCGUUUGGGGAGUGACUACCACAGCAUGGUGAAUGAUUAUCUUAUUGCGUGGUCAAAGAAAACUGUCAAAGAAAUGAACCGUCAAGUGAGGACCUUCAAUCAGAUGGAUCAAUGGAAAAUGCGUGAAGCUCAUGAGUGCCUGAUAUACCACUCAGUAGCUUUGCUUGCUGUUGACUCAGUCAGGCUACCUCUGGACCCGGACAUUAUUCAUGCAUUCAUGUCAUUUGUUGUGGCAAUGCACCUUGUUGGUCAAACUACGCACGAAUGCCCAUCUACAAGAGAUGUUCAGAUGGCUGAUAAACUUUUUAGACAUUAUGUGGAAGAAUUCAUGGAUUAUUCUCCAUACUUCCUGAAACCCAAAAAUCAUCUCUUGAUACAUCUGGCCUCAGAAGUGGCUGCUUACAGAUCCCAUUUGGGCGGUUUUGACGCUUAUCCUUUUGAGAACUUCUUACGAAUUUUUCGAAAUAAAACCCUAGUAAGAAGUGGAAAAGGAGUAUUAAUGCAAAUCUUUAAUCGCCUUGGUGAACUCUCUGUGCAUUCAAUUCCUACUGACUACCUUGGAGCAGUAAUGGCGUACAAAGUCAAAGUGAUGGAAGAGAUAAAAGCAGUAAAGGCAUUAGGCAAGCUCUCUCUACCAGCUCAAACUGUGGUGAGGACAAAUUUGAAGAGGAAGAAGAAGACUGUUGUAUGCUUUGGAUAUGAAGUAACUUGCAAGUAUCCUGAUAAUGUUGUUGCUGUGUGCAUCCCAGGGAAACAGGAUACAAUGAAGCAUUUCAUCCCAAUUGUAAUCAGUGACAUUGUGGAAAUGGAGGGAAAUGGAGAACUACAUAGCACUUCUGGGAAUCUAUUUGAAACAGCUUUCCACACGGACCCUCUUGCACGAAAUGCAAAGGAUCAUCAAGAACUUGGUUACUGCUCUGGUGGGAUUAGCAAAACUCAAUUUUCCACCGAAAAGCGAGCAAAGCGUAUUUUGAAAAAACCUCCUCGCAAGUAUUGGGGCCAUUCAAGUGAUGACCAAGUAAUUGAGAGUGAAGAAAGCAGCAACUCUGGAGAGGAAGACAAUGUUAGGUUGGAGAAAAUGCCUCGAAUGUCAAAUGAUUGCAAGAUGCAAGCACGCACACAACCCAGUAUAACACAAUCAGACAGGAUUCGCUUGACAAUGGAAGGCCCACCUCAAGCAGCAUUCAUGAGUGGUUUUGACAGGCAGCCAACAAGCAACAUUGUCAGUGAUGAAGCCCAAGAAUGCAUCAAACCAGCAAUCAAAGCUGCUUUCAAUGCUGAUGCUUUUGCAUCAACAUGUGAAAAUCUGCCUGGAACAAUGAAUGAGGAUGUGAUAAAGAAAACCUCUGUUGGGGACAUGUCAGGAGCAAAAGAUGGUUUUAUGAAAAAUGCCAACACCCAAAAUCCUCCUCCUGGUAGAGGUAGUUGGGUAACCAACCCAUACAGCAGUGGUGUCACUCAAAGUUCUCAUGUCAACAACAGAGAUGUAACUCUGCCAAUUUCCCCAGAGUACCAAGAGCUGGGAGUCAUUAAAGCCUAUGCUGGUGGCAUUCAACUGCGAGCAAAACAUGGGUUUAUGAAUAAGGCCAGCCCUCCAAACCAUUCUGCUGACAGAGGUAGUUGGGGUAGCAACCAUUACAGCAAUGCUGCCACUACAAGCUCUCGAGACAUGAACAAAGACAGAGCUUGGCCAAUUUCUGCGGCAGACCAAGAGAGAGUCACAAUGAAAGCCUAUGUGGGUGGCAUUCAACUGGGAGCAAAACAUGGGUUUAUGAAUAAGGCCAGCCCUCCGAGCCAUUCUGCUGACAGAGGUAGUUGGGGUAGCAACCAAUACAGCAAUGCUGCCACUACAAACUCUCAAGACAUGACCAAAGACAGAGCUUGGCCAAUUUCCACAGCAGACCAAGAGAGAGUCACAAUGAGGAAUGUGGCAGAGGCAUUUUCUGAUGGCAUUCAACUGGGAGCAAAAGAUGGUUAUGUGGAUGCCAGCACCCCAUAUCAUUCAGCUGACAGAAGUAAUUGGGGUAGCAACCCUAACAUCAAUGGUGUCACUUCAAAUUCUCAAGGUAACAGCAGACACUGCGCUUUACCAGUGUCCACAUCAUACCCAGAGUGGGGAGUCAUGAUUGGACAGAGUGUAAAUCUCCCUCAUGAGUAUGGGGUUGUGGGAUUUCCAAAGGCUCUCCAAGGUGGUCUUGGUUGUCCAUGCAGCAAGCAGUUUGUGGGAACUUUAGUUGCUGCAGUUAACAAGGCAAGUUGUAGCAGCAAGGGGUUGUCACAGCAGCAAGGAAUGACAGAGGCAAGCCCAUUACAAGAUGCGUAUAUCACAACUGUUGAGGAACGUGACAGCCAAGAAUGGACAGAAGAGCAGGAUGAUCCAAAUAUAUUGGACAAUGAUGAACUACCUCUCAGUCUGAGGCAUAGGGUGGCAAUGUAUGAUCUGAAACUGCCAUUGAACAAAUUUCCAGGAUUCUUUGCAUUCUUUGAAGCUGUUGUUAAUCUUGCUGAUGUCAGAUUUGAUGACUUG